CUGCGCACUCAACUCAUCAGACUUUGCUGCCCACGCGACUCAAAAUAUCCACUACCUUAUUUACUGGUAGUUCAAAGUCCAUUCAAUUCACCAUGGCGACGAUCGAUGCGCCUGCGACAGCGGAUGGGAAUCCCUGGGACGAGAUCGAGCAGAACUACUUCAACUCGAUGCGCGCCCACCGCGAGCAGGAAGAUCGGGAGCUCGAGGAGGAAUUCCACGCCCGGAGCGAGGAGUUGAGGCAACAGGUCCUCAAAAACUACAAUGCCCAGACCGAGCUGCUGCGCCGGCUGCAAGAGUUGAAGCAUGACUAUGAGUCCAAGCAGGCAGCGCUGGACAGGCUGGACGGCGACUUUGAGCGCCUGAAGCUCGAGAAGGCGAGGGACAGGGAGAUUGAGGACGAGCGCAGGAAGCAGUGGUUUCGGGAGUUCAAGAGUGGAUUGGCUCACCGUACGAUGGAGGAGGUGGCGGAAGAGCGGAUGGAUGUGGAGCAUGCCGAUGGGCGGAAUCAAGGGCAGCCUGGUGCAGAUGGCCAGGAGGGGAUGGAGGACACAGUGGAUGGUGAUGGCAAUGCGGCCAGUGCGUCAACAGCUGAAAAAUUAGCGCCUCGACAACUUACCGAGGAGGAGAGAGACCUGCCGGGCGCCGAAAUUCCUUCCAGUCCAGUUGACGAAAACGGCCAGCCCCCUCACCCUCCGGCAGAUCCCACAAAGCUGCCUAAUGGGCAUCAUCAGGAUGAGGAAGAGCAAGAACAGCCCUCCGACGAGAAGGAGGAACCAACACAUACCGGGCCGCUCGUGCAUGGCCACGAACAAGAGCCCAAACCCACGGAGAGCGACAUGUCUGACGCUGAACGGGCUGCUGACCGGCAGGAGGAAGAGCCACCUGCUGUGGAGGGGAUGUCCAGCAUUCUCGUUCUGGCCGAAACCCACGAGCAGCAAGAGGCCCCUACCUUGGAACGCGACGUGACCGAGCCUCCUAUUCCUGACGACGAGGACGAUGUGGAGGGUAUCGAGGUUAUUGGAGGGCCUGAGUUUCCGGAGCAAGUUCAUGUCCCCGUCACCGAGGCCGAACCCAAACUCGAUCCCCCGAGUGAUAAACAACAAGCAAGUUUGCCAGCGCCGUCGACGGAUCAACAAGCUCAGCAUGCCGAGGUUACGAAGAGACACGUUUCGUCUCCGCAGAUUGGAUCGCCAGACGGGGGCCAGCCAGAUAACUCCGCACCGGAUGAAGAGGAUGUUCAGAUGGCAGAUGUCCAGGCAUCGACUGAGAGCGACAGAGACGAAUCUGAGCCCCCAGAAGGCCCCAGUCAGUCAAUGCCCGGGCCGACAGCCCCCGUCUCUCCUUCAUCGUCAUCGGAGUUGAGCUCACGCCAUACAACUCCAGUGCUGGAGUCGCCCGUCUCCAUGCCCAGGGAGCCGAGCCCACCAGCAGCUUCAGCGGACACCACCUCUCACGCCAUUGAGGUUCUUGGCGAGUCCGGUGAAUCCAUAGGGUGGCUGCAGCUACCUGACAUAAGCAACACUCUUGUCGACCGGCUCCAAGAGCUACCAGUCAAGCGGCCGGUCCAGAUCCGCGAAGGCAGAAAAUUCACGGCUGAUGACCUUGAAGCAGUCCCUCGACCUCAUAACAUAGACGGGAGGGCCUACAAGUUCCUCAGCUUUUUCGUGCAGGCCACAGGCGAUGUCCAGGAGCGGCCGUGCCUGGACUGCUCAACCAACCAUGGUCUCUACCGGACAUGUGUCGCCAUCCCCGACGACCCGGACUUCACACGGUGCGGCAAUUGUGAGUGGAAUAGGAGACGCUGCCACCCUGCUGCUCCGGAACGGCCAUCCAGCUCGCGGCACAGCAUCAAGUCCCCUGUUAGCGCGCGGGCGUCUGGUGGCAGCUUCACCGCAGUCAACGCCGCGGGUGAUACCGAGGGUCAAACCGACGCCGCAGCUACCAAGGGAACUGAAUCGGAGGGCGGCAAGGAGAAGCUGCCUGGAGCCAGCAAAAAGGGACCGCGGAAGUCGCUCCCUUCAACUCGAAAACCGCCCAUACCAGAGACUCCUAGGCCUGGUUCGUCCCAGUCAGAAGCUGACUCCCUUCCGGAGAUCAAAAAGGAGGUGCUCUGCCUCCGCGACGACGGGGUCGUCUUUACAGAUCCGCCCAUGAUGCGCGGAGUGCCCCUGGCUAAGAUCUCUCCCGACCACCCCUACUGGGAACCUGACUGGAAGCCCAUCGAGGAAAUGAUUGAGCCGAUCCGCCAGAAGCACCAGGAGAGAUUCGAGCAACUGGAAAAGUCGGGCUCAACGAAUCGCGAGAAGCACUUGGCAAAUAGAGAUGCGAAGCGCGGUCGCGUGGUCCUCCAAUAUCUGAAAGACGGCGAGCUGCAUCCGUACCAACUCGUCGGCAAGGACUGGAUCAACUACAGGAUAGCGAACUACGAUACCCUCUACCGGCUUGUCCAGCUGCUGACCGACGAGCUGCCCAAGAUGAACCUCGACGUCAAGCCGUCAGAGUGGCUCCGCCACCGGUUGUGGGAGGUCUAUCAGGAAACGGGCGGCAAGUUCGAUGUCGCGAAUUGGAUAGCCAAGGCAUACCACGACUGCAAGGUCGAGCAUCUGCGCAAGAAGAACGGCUUCGCCCGCGUCGGUCGCCCGCCGGCCCAUGCAACGAAGCAGGCCGAGGCCGCCAGCAGCAGCAAGAAGUCGGCGGCGACGCGGUCGCUGAAGCGCAAGGACCCGCACGAGACCCCCGAGGCCACGCCGAGCAAGUCAAAGGCGAACAUCACGAGCAAACCGUCACCGGCCGCUCCGGCGGCGGCGGCGUCAACUCAACAACAGCCAAAGCCCAAAAAGAUCAAGAUCAUCACCAGCCAAUCCCAAGCGGGCAGCGGCGGCGGCGAGCCCUCUUCUCUGAGAAAGCCGCCCAAGAUCAUCCUCAGCAGCCCGUUCACGCCGUCCGCACCGGCGCCGACGGCGGCGGGCUCGGCGGCGGACAGCAAGCAAACCCUGGACUCGCUCCUCGAGUACGACGGCUACACGUCGAGCGACUCGGUCAGCCACGACCGGCUGCAUUUCAACGACUGGCGGCUGCACCAGGUGCGGACACGCACGUUUGCAACCAACCCGCUGGUGACACAGUACUGGCACUGGGUGACCGAGACGACCAAGGACAAGAAGAACCCUAAGGAGAUCGAGCACCAGGUGCUCGAGUGGGUUGAGCCGCCGCGCUGGGCCGUCUUCAAGAAACCUUACAAUUUCCACUUGAAGCUGGAUGAUAUCCAGGAGGUGACGUUUGCGGGGAGGGGGUGUACCAAGGUCAUUGUCGCGCAUAAGCAGGGGAAAGAUGGCAAGGAUACGCACCCCAGGGGGGAUAUCAUGGCGCAGUUUAAGCGAGAGAGGACUAAGAGGAGGUUCUUGACUUUUUUGAGGCAUAAGGGGGUCAAGGUUGCUGAGGUGGGCAUCGACGUCAUUGAGUCCAAAUGGGAGUCGAUCUCGCCCAAGACCCUCCCCGUUCACUCAGAGUGAGUAAAAAUCAUAGGACGGCUCCCCAGAGCACGGCUUGUGUUGCGUGGCGAUGAUGCUUCACCACAAGACCCAUCCAAGUAACAGAGAGGGUCUCGAGGAAAGGAGGACAACAAGAAAUACGGGGGGUUAUCGUGAGCUGUAAACAUGGCUUUGGGCCAUAGGCGGGGCCGUCAUCCGCCUGGAAAUGU